CCAAAAGCCUCUCUAGCUUGCAAAUCCCUACGAUUUUCCGAAACGAAAGAAGAAAAAAGAAGCAAAAUUAAACAUAAUCUAUGAAGGGUUCAAUUUGUGUAGCUACAUUUCUUGUUCUUCUUCUUUUACUUCCACAAACCAUGUCCGCAAGGCGCAUAGCUCGGCCUCAUUCACGUCAUCAUGGGCGCCAUCUGAAGAGUACAAUUAGAGAAGGAUUAGUGGAUAAAGAGUCAAUUAAUUAUAAAAGAGUUAGGGGGCCAGAUACACUCCAAGUGGCAGGGUCGAGCUUGCCAGAUUGCUCCCAUGCUUGUGGAUCUUGCAGACCAUGCAGACUAGUGAUGGUGAGCUUUGUUUGCGCGUCAGUCGCUGAGUCUGAGACAUGUCCAAUGGCUUACAAGUGUAUGUGCAAUAACAAGUCCUAUCCUGUUCCUUAGUUCACUUGUCAUUCAGUGUUUUUCAAUGUCAACUAAUCUAGUCAAAGUUUCCUUCCUUUUUGGACCUCCAGUUUCUUUGCUAGGUAGAGAUUUUGUGUAAUCAGAGUUUUGUUUACUGAUGUUGAAUAUUAUGAAAUCACAAAAGACUUGGAUUUUCUUUGUUUAGUGGGUUCAAAUUAUCUGAGUUACAAAGAGCCUUUAGUGUUCUCGAUUUCGUAUGUAACAAGUUAAAAUUUGUUAAGCAUACGAGGACACUUAUGAAAAUAACUCCAGUGAUGGCCUUUUUAUAGUCACUAUUUAUGCAGUUUGUUAGUAAUUUGGAGUGGCCAAACCUCAAAUUUGGGUUUGAAUUUCUUUUACCACACCAUACUAUGUUACAGUUUUUAUUUUUAUUUAUUUUUUAACAAACCUCAAAUAAUUGAAAUUGGUUAAACUUACCCGUAUAUGAAUCGUUCAAUUAAUCGUCAUUAGAAUCCUUGAGUCAUCCCAAGUUCAUCAUAAAUAUUUAAUGUGAGAUUUACAACCUAUAUGGACCUGUUCAUUUGAAGAGUUAUUUGAAAACUUAGAAUUACGCACCAUAAAGGUCAAAAAGAAACCAAGGGCCAAAAUUACACCAUUACUAGAUAUCAAACUCAAUACAUAUAUGUACAUACAAGCCCUUUAUCAGAAGGGAUCUCUAU